CAUCCCCGAAAGCUCAAUCUCCGAGCAGGCGAGCACAGUGAAAACUGAAAACCACUCGAAAAUCCCCAAAGACAUUGGGGCGAUGAAGGACGACGGUCCCCCGCACGUGGCGAUGCUGGCGACGCCGGGGAUGGGCCACCUGAUCCCGCUGGCGGAGCUCGCCAAGCGCCUCGCAGCGCGUCACGGCGCCACGGCCACGCUCUUCACCUUCGCGUCCACGGCAUCUCCCACGCAGCGCUCCAUCCUCGCCUCCCUCCCGCCCUCCAUCUCCUCCCACCGGCUCCCACCCGUCGACCUCUCAGACCUGCCCCGCGAUUCCCUCAUCGAGACGCUCAUGUCCGAGGAGUGCACGCGCUCCCUCCCGGCGCUCACGGGCAUCCUCGGAGAGCUCAAGCGGACCACCCGGCUGGUGGCGUUCGUCGCCGACUUCUUCGGCGCCGACUCCCUCGUCGCCGCGCGCGACGCCGGCGUGGCGAGGAGGUGCCUGUUCAUGCCCGAGAGCCUCCACGCCCUCUCGCUGGUCCUCCACCUUCCCGAGCUCGUCGUCUCCAUCCCCGGCGAGUUCCGGGACCUCGUCGAGCCGGUGCGGCUGCCGGGGUGCGUGCCGAUCCCCGGGCCGGACAUGAUCUCACCACUCCAGGAUCGGUCAAGCCCAGCUUACGGUUUGAUGGUCCGUCUCGCCGAGCGUUGCCGCGCCGAAGCCGAUGCCUUCCUCAUCAACUCCUUCGACGCCGUCGAGCCGGAGGCCGCCAAGGUGCUGAGGCAGCCUACGCCCCGUCGGCCACCUGUAUACCCAAUAGGCCCGUUGAUUCGGACAGCAGAAUGUAGCGGUGCCAAUGCUGCUGCUGCGCCUCAUUCGCCACCUGCAGCAUGCCUCGAGUGGCUCGACGAACAGCCAGCCAGAUCGGUCAUCUUCGUCUCGUUCGGCUCCGGUGGAGCUUUGCCGGCGGAGCAGAUGCGUGAGCUCGCGCUCGGGCUGGAGCUCAGUGAGCAACGGUUCCUGUGGGUGCUGCGGAGCCCAAGCGACGAGGAUUCGUUGAGCGACAACUACUACGACGCUGCGAGUAAGAAGGACCCUUUCGUGUACCUCCCUGGAGGGUUCGUUGAGAGGACAAAGAAGACGGGUUUCCUGGUGCCCUCAUGGGCCCCGCAGAUACAGGUGCUGGCCCACAAGGCUACUGGAGGGUUCUUAACGCACUGUGGCUGGAACUCCAUAUUAGAGAGCUUAGUACACGGUGUACCCAUGGUGGCCUGGCCAUUGUUCGCCGAGCAGCGGCUGAACGCGGUGAUGUUGUCGGAGGGAGCUGGAGCAGCGAUACGUUUGCCCGAGGUGAAGGAUAAGGAGACCAUCGCAGCGGCGGUGAGGAAGCUGAUGGCAGGGGAAGGGAAAGGUGCUGUGGUUCGGGCGAAGGUGGCGGAGCUGCAGAAUGCUGCCGCGGAAGGCCUCCGUGAGGGUGGUGCUGCCACAAGUUCCCUGGACCAGUUUGUGGAGAACUUGGUAGGCGAGGAGUAGUAGUUGGUCAAAUACUUGUUUCAAUUCUCUGCCACUUCAUCGCCCUUCUUUCUUCAUGUGUUUUUAGUCUACCAGUCAAGAAUGAUAUAGAAGCACAUAUACGAAAUGUAUGCAUUUCCAAACUCUCGCCUAUGAAAGCAGGGGGAGCGCGGAACCACCUAAAACUCCUAAAACUCUGCGGUGCUUUAAAACUUGUAUUAUGAUCCUAAAUACAGACGACCGAAAA